AUGACUAAUAAAUCCAUAACUACUGUGAUAUCUUCUUUCCUGUGGUUAAAAGAGAGACCCUUCAGAGCGGCUGCAGUCUGUCUUGGCGUGUUAUGUGUUGUACUUCUGACUGGGAUCAUCAUCGUAGAGCCGCCAACUGUGGCAGAUAACCAUGCGGCAGUGGAACAACCUACCCCUAGCUGUAACCUGAUUGGAGAGCAAGUCCAGCUAGGGACCAUAUGCAACCUGACUGAUUUGAGACGUGAACAGACAAGGAAUAAAAAUGUGACUAAGGAGAAAGACCAGCUAAGGAUUACUUGCACCAACCUGAUCCAAGAGCAAGACUUCCUCGGAACCAGUAACAAAUACCUGACUAAGGAAAUGAACCAGUUACAGACCAUUAACAAUAACCUGACUCAAGAGAGAGACCUCCUACAAACCUCCAACAAUAACCUGUCUGAGGAAAUGUACCAGUUGCAGACCAUUAACAAUAACCUGACUCAAGAGAGAGACCUCCUACAGACCAGUAACAAAUACCUGACUAAGGAAAUGAACCAGUUACAGACCAUUAACAAUAACCUGACUCAAGAGAGAGACCUCCUACAAACCUCCAACAAUAACCUGUCUGAGGAAAUGUACCAGUUGCAGACCAUUAACAACAACGUGACCCUGGAGAGAGACCAGCUGAAAGAGCUCCAGUUGAGUGACGGGGGAGGUUGUUUGGUGGGAUGGCAGCCUCAUGGUGGCAGUUGCUACUUUCUGUCUGCUGAAAAUAAAUCUUGGAUGGCCAGCCGGAAGGACUGCCAGGACAAAGAAGCUGAUCUGGUCAUCAUCCACAGCGAGGAGGAACAGAAUUUCAUCAACAUUUUCGGUUGGGUUAGGUCCGUCUGGAUUGGUCUGCAUGACAUGGAAUCCGAAUCGGAGUGGAAGUGGGUAGAUGGAUCACCCAUGAACCUGAGUUUAUGGAAUCCUGGUGAACCCAACAAUGAUUGGAAUGAAGACUGCGCAGAGUUGAUGCCAGAGUCAAAAACCUGGAAUGAUCUCCCUUGUUCCUUGGAAAGGCACUGGGUUUGCAAGCAGCAAAUUCUGUUAAAAUAAAUUGACAACCAGAGAUCAAAACCUCUAUGAAAUGAAGAUUGCAUUGGAGACAAAUUCCAUAGAUAUGUUAUAAUAUGAGUAUAAUUCAUUUCCUAUUCUUUACUUAUACCAUUUGAAAAAAUAUACCCAAUGCAUGAGAGCAGUGGUAAAAAUGAUUGAAGGACUUUAUGUAAAGAUUGAACAUACAAGUUAUGUAAUA